AUGGGAACCCGAUUAAAAUGGUUAAUCACUACCUCGUUGAUAGUUUGGUUUGGGCAACAUGCGUACGCGCAAUUCUGGUCAGACCAGUCAAAUGGUGUGGGGUUGUUUAACCGCCCCGAACAGGAUCAUCCCCGCCAGCUGCCACAAAACAUCGAUCCCAGUUACAGUCUAAUCGACACCGCCAGUGGACCACAAGGACCUCCGGCGAAGAACUGCACCUCCGGGGGUUGCUGCACACCGAAAUGUUUCGCGGAAAAGGGCUCUCGGGGUAUGCCGGGCCCGCAGGGGUUGAAGGGUGCCAAGGGUGUGCGUGGAUUCCCCGGUUCGGAGGGUUUGCCCGGUGAGAAAGGCACGAAAGGUGAACCGGGACCGGUGGGACUGCAGGGUCCGAAGGGUGACCGUGGAAGAGACGGAUUGCCCGGUUAUCCUGGCAUCCCUGGAACGAAUGGAGUCCCCGGAACGACGGGCGCGCCCGGAUUGCCGGGACGGGACGGUUGCAACGGAACGGACGGUGUGCCGGGGUUGUCCGGGUUGGCGGGAAAUCCAGGACCACGUGGAUACGCCGGUAUGCCGGGUUCGAAGGGCGAGAAGGGUGAACCGGCACGGCAUCCGGAGAACUACAACAAGGGCCAGAAGGGUGAACCGGGUAACGAUGGGUUGGAGGGUUUGCCGGGGCCGCAGGGUGAGGUGGGACCGCGAGGAUUCUCGGGAAGGAUUGGUGAAAAGGGCAUUCCUGGUAUGCAUGGUCCGAAGGGCGAACGCGGCGACAAGGGUGAGUGUGUGAAGGGCGCCAAGGGUGAGAAGGGUCCGAAGGGUGAGGAGAUGUACGGUGCGACGGGUACGCCAACGACAACGACUGGACCGAAGGGCGAGAAGGGUGACCGCGGUGAACCGGGAGAGCCGGGUCGUGCGGGGGAGAAGGGCCAAGCGGGUGACCGAGGACAAGUGGGUGAGCGGGGUCACAAGGGCGAGAAGGGCUUGCCUGGACAGCCGGGACCAAGAGGGCGUGAUGGAAACUUCGGACCGGUGGGACUGCCAGGACAAAAAGGAGACCGCGGAUCGGAGGGCCUGCACGGGCUGAAGGGCCAAAUCGGACCGAAGGGCGACGCAGGACGAGACGGAUUCCCGGGUCAGCCAGGUAUUGCAGGACCUCCAGGAGCUCCCGGAGGUGGUGAAGGACGACCUGGUGCACCUGGACCGAAGGGACCGCGUGGUUACGAGGGCCCGCCCGGACCAAAGGGCAUGGACGGAUUCGACGGUGAGAAAGGCGAACGUGGACAGAUGGGCCCGAAGGGCGGUCAAGGAGUCCCAGGACGACCGGGUCCGGAAGGUAUGCCAGGAGACAAGGGCGAUAAGGGUGAAUCCGGAUCGGUUGGAAUGCCAGGCCCGCAAGGACCUCGCGGAUACCCAGGCCAGCAAGGACUCGAGGGACUGCGAGGUGAACCGGGACAACCCGGCUAUGGAGCACCAGGAAUGAAGGGUAACGCCGGCAUGGCAGGAUUCCCCGGACUGAAGGGCCAAAAGGGAGAGCGCGGUUUCAAGGGCAUGAUGGGAACGCCCGGUGACGCCAAGGAAGGCCGACCAGGAUCCCCCGGUAUGCCGGGACGCGACGGUGAGAAGGGUGAAGCGGGCCGACCAGGACUACCGGGAGCGAAGGGCGAACGUGGUCUGAAGGGCGAGCUGGGCGGACGCUGUACGGAUUGCCGACCAGGGCUGAAGGGCGACAAGGGUGAACGUGGAAAGGACGGUGAAUCGGGACGACCGGGUGCGAGCGGUAUACCUGGCGAGCGGGGUUACCCGGGUGUGAUGGGUGAGGACGGUACACCGGGGUUGCGCGGAGAACCAGGUCAAAAGGGUGAGCCAGGAUUGCUAGGACCGCCGGGUCCUUCCGGUGAACCGGGACGCGAUGCCGAGAUUCCGAUGGAUCAACUGAAACCCCUGAAAGGCGAUAAGGGCGAGACGGGUGAGCGUGGGUUGAUGGGCAUUAAGGGCGAGAAAGGCUUUGCGGGACCCGUCGGACCUGAGGGCAAGGUGGGGUUGCGUGGCAUGAAGGGUGACAAGGGCCGGCCAGGAGAGUCAGGCAUCGAUGGAGCACCAGGAGCACCAGGAAAAGAUGGGCUACCGGGACGUCACGGCCAGACGCUGAAGGGUGAAGCGGGUCUGAAGGGUAACGUCGGGUAUCAGGGUGAAAAGGGCGACAAGGGCUUCGGAGGGUUGAAGGGCGAACCGGGACGAUGCGCCAGCAUUCCACCCAACCUGGAGGAGGCAAUCCGUGGACCACCGGGGGCACCGGGUGAGAAGGGCGCACCGGGCAUGCAGGGUAUCCGUGGGGACAAGGGCGAGACGGGUGAGCUGGGACGCACGGGUAUGCCGGGUAAUGCGGGACCACCGGGAGCAGCUGGGCCAGUGGGGCCACGUGGUUUGACGGGCCAAAGGGGUGAGAAGGGUAACACGGGAGCGUUGGGACCUCCAGGAGCACCGGGACGCGAUGGGUUGGCGGGGGCACCCGGACUUCCAGGAUCGAAGGGAGCGAAGGGUGAUCCGGGCCUGUCGAUGGUGGGACCACCGGGACCGAAGGGUAACACGGGGUUGCGGGGACCGAAGGGUGAACGGGGUGGAUUGGGUGAGCGGGGUGACGCAGGAUUGCCCGGUUCGGUGGGCUAUCCGGGUGAGAAGGGUGACGCGGGCAUUGCAGGACAGCCAGGAUUCCCGGGCGAGGUAGGACCGAAGGGUGAACCAGGACCGAAGGGACCGGCGGGGCAUCCGGGAGCACCAGGACGACCGGGAAUGGACGGAGUGAAGGGGUUGCGAGGGUUGAAGGGUGACAUUGGGGCACCGGGCGUGAUUGGACUCCCGGGACAGAAGGGCGAAACGGGACAGGCAGGUAACGAUGGGUUGAAGGGCUUCCAGGGACGUAAGGGUAUGAUGGGAGCACCGGGAAUCCAAGGACUACCAGGACCCCAGGGUACGAAGGGCGAACAAGGUGAGAAGGGUGAUCGGGGUGAGAUCGGAAUGAAGGGCAUGGUAGGUCCGGGAGGACCUCCUGGAAUGCUAGGACCGAAGGGUGACAAAGGACUUGCGGGGCUUCCAGGACCAGCUUGCCUCCCCGGACUGUCGGGUGAGAAGGGCGACAAGGGUUACUCGGGACCGGAAGGACCUCCGGGAGAGCCAGGUGCCGCCUCGGAGAAGGGCCAAAAGGGCGAACCGGGUGUACCGGGAUUGCGCGGAAACGACGGGCUUCCCGGGUUGGAGGGUCCAACAGGGCCGAAGGGAGACGCCGGAGUGCCCGGAUACGGACGACCCGGACCACAGGGUGAGAAGGGAGAUGUGGGAGUGACGGGCAUAAACGGACUCGCAGGAUUGAAUGGCGUUAAGGGCGAUAUGGGCGUGCCCGGGUUCCCGGGUGUGAAGGGUGACAAGGGAGGCACCGGUCUUCCCGGUGUCCCUGGAGCACCUUGCAUGGAUGGAUUGCCGGGGCUGGAAGGACCUCCAGGACCACGAGGAUACGAUGGCGAGAAGGGCUUUAAGGGCGAACCGGGACGCAUCGGUGAGCGGGGUGAACGUGGAGAGAAGGGUGACGCUGGACUUACCGGUCCCGUCGGUUUGAUGGGCCUGAAGGGAGACCGGGGUGUGCCAGGUGCUCCUGGCCUUUCGGCGUCGGUGUCCGCGAUAAAGGGCGAAAAGGGUGAACCAGGUUUCCCGGGAGCAAUCGGACGUCCUGGAAAAGUCGGUGCACCUGGUCUGCCCGGGGACGUGGGUCCGAAGGGUGAAACGGGUGUUCAGGGACUUCCGGGAUUGCCUGGACCGGCCGGAUUGAACGGGUUGGUGGGCAUGAAGGGUGACAUGGGCUUGCUGGGAGAGAAGGGUGACUCCUGUCCGGUGGUGAAGGGCGAGAAGGGUCUCCCAGGACGACCGGGUAAGACGGGACGCGAUGGACCACUGGGAAUGGUGGGAGAGAAGGGUGACAAGGGGUUGUCAGGGCUCCCCGGACCAAUGGGACCUCCGGGACCUCCGGGUCCGUUGGGACGGCAGGGUGAGAAGGGUGAUCGUGGUGAUUCCGGGUUGGUGGGACGCCCGGGUAAGGAUGGGUUCCCGGGGGCACCGGGAUUGCGGGGGUUGGCGGGACUGCAGGGUGAGAAGGGCGACCAAGGUCCACCCGGGUUCCUUGGCCCCAAGGGUGAUAAGGGCGAGCGCGGAAGGGACGGAGUGAACGGAUUGAACGGACCGCAAGGGUUGAAGGGCGAACGAGGCAUGCCAGGACAGGAGGGUGUGGCCGGGCUACCGGGAAUGGUGGGUGAGAAGGGCGAGCGAGGUUUGUCGGGAAUGGCCGGGUUGAACGGUGCACCGGGUGAGAAGGGACAGAAGGGUGAAACACCUGCUCUUCCACCGCAACGCAAGGGUCCACCAGGACCUCCGGGUUUCAAUGGACCGAAGGGAGAUAAGGGGGCACCGGGAUUGGCGGGACCGGCGGGAAUUCCAGGCGCACCAGGAGCACCAGGUGAGAUGGGUCUGCGGGGCUUCGAAGGUGCCCGAGGACUACAAGGACUACGGGGAGACGUUGGACCUGAGGGACGACCGGGUAGAGACGGGGCACCAGGUCUACCGGGACCAAAGGGUGAGGCAGGACGGGACUGUGAGGCAGCUCCGUACUACACCGGCAUCCUGCUUGUCCGCCACAGCCAGUCCGAUGAGGUGCCAAUGUGUGAACCUGGCCAUCUGAAGCUCUGGGACGGCUAUUCGCUGCUGUACGUCGAUGGCAACGACUUCCCACACAAUCAAGACCUCGGAUCGGCUGGUUCGUGUGUGCGCAAGUUCUCCACACUUCCGGUGAUGAGCUGUGGCCAGAACAAUGUGUGUGGGUAUGCAACACGCAACGACCGAACGUACUGGUUGUCGACGUCGGCACCUAUUCCGAUGAUGCCGGUGGCCGAGAACGAGAUGCGACCGUACAUCUCUCGGUGCACGGUUUGUGAAGCUCCGACAAAUGUCAUCGCCGUACACAGCCAGACGCUCCACAUUCCGGAAUGUCCGUCUGGGUGGGAUGGUCUCUGGAUCGGCUACAGUUUCCUCAUGCACACUGCCGUCGGCCAUGGUGGAGGUGGUCAGUCUCUGUCCGGUGCAGGAUCGUGUCUUGAGGACUUCCGUGCCACACCGUUCAUUGAGUGUAACGGUGUUAAGGGUCACUGCCACUACUACGAAACGCAAACCUCCCUCUGGCUGGUGUCACUCGAGGACCACCAGCAGUUCCAACGACCCGAGCAGCAAACGCUCAAGGCCGGCAACCUGCUCAGCCGGGUAUCUCGGUGCCAGGUGUGCAUCCGCCGCUGAGAUGUCGCUUUGGAGUUUGUUUCCGGGCGUCCUCUUUUACCUCUUUUUGUUUUCACCCACCCGGAAGCGGCACACACACCGUGUUCCGGGUGUUCCGAGGGUAGAUGACAUUAUUUUUUGUUUGUUUGUUUUGGUUCCAACCAAGUUCAGCUUUCACGUCCUUUAGCAGGGGAGAGGGUUGAUCCAUCAUCUCGCGUGCUUCUUAAGGUCUUUGUUAUCGAACCAAAAUGCUUAUAGCACCGUAGCUGUAGCUGUAACGGAGGUAGGAUAAAUUGUAAUACCAGAGCCGCUUCACGGAAACCAACUUACCAGUGCCACACACUGCGGGCGAGGGAGCAUAGCUGUCAGGAUGUCAGGAAAGAAGGAUUCGAAGUGCCGCCUUCUAGAAAGUACCAAAAAGAGAGAGAGAGAGCAAACGUAACAAAGCAAACAUGUAGCAUCGCUGUGCAUUUAGCAGACCCGUUUGAGACACCAAAAACCUAAGCAACCGACAGGACGUGCAAUGUGGUCCGUAAGAAGCGAAAGCAAGCACGCGGCUUGCAGUAGUUGUACGGUAAAUACUAAUGAUAUAAACUCUAUCUUAUUUCCCGAGCGCAGUUGUUAGGAGCCUAAUCACUCUCGUUGCCAUUUCCCACACGUGUUCAAUAGCAACCCGGGACGGUUUUCUUCGGAACAAGACUAAACAAGUGUGUCUAUAUGUAUGUGCUCAGAUAGUUUCUGUAAUACUCCUGUUCCACCUGUUCGUGUGUAUGUCUACACAGCUAGGAUUACGAAGGCACCUGUACCGGACAGGUCUUCAUCUUUUAUCCGAAGGGCGGAAGUAAGAUCUUUGAAUGUUCCAAUUUUGUGAUUCAUUAGAUAGAGCAGCAAAGCAUAGGCAAGCGAUAAAGAAGUAACACAGAAACUGCCAACGUUUUUUUUUGUCUUGUAAGGAUAAUUGGAGCUUUUUCCCUUAGGGUAGAAGAAGGGUGUGCAUGCACACCCGAACUCCCAAAAGUGCCAUGCAUACGCAAAACCCCCUUACACAUCGUUCUCGGCAAGUAACGUAACCAUUUCCCACGCGUACUAACAGAUACAAGCAGUACCGGUAGUAAUUCUAUACGCGUUAGCCUUCGCAAUUCCGGAAGAACUCGAAUGAACGAAAUUAUAAGCCAAACGUAGUGUUUAAUUACGACAAGAAACCACUUCAAGCUCUACGGCUUUCCAGAACGUCGCAACUGCACUUUCUCUCUACUGUUUGAUUAGUUCGUUUUAAUUUUAAUGCGCAAUAAAUGUAACAUAACAGAAACAAUAAUGAAGAUGAAAUAAACGU